AUGCACCUCUGGCGAUACCCAUCUCUCUCUAUUCACGGGAUCGAGGGCGCCUUCGAUGAGCCUGGAGCCAAAACCGUCAUUCCUGGCCAGGUGGUGGGCAAGUUCUCCAUCCGCCUGGUCCCUCACAUGAACGCAUCCACGGUGGAGAAACAGGUAACAGGUGUCCGCUGUGUGCCGGUGGGUGCUGUUCGAGCAGCGACAGGUGUGGGCCCCACACGGUUAACCCCGAGCUCGGCCCGGCCACACGGGGACAUGCCCGGCUCAGGACGAGAAAGUACUGAGGACGGGCUGAGAAGCAUCCGUGCAGGGAGCCUGGUGGACUCUUCUGGUCAGAUCUUGGUCCCCGGCAUCUACGACAGCGUGUCCCCUGUCACCGAAGAGAAGCGAGCCAUGUACUCGGCCAUCGAUCUGGACCUCGGAGGGUACUGGAACAGCACCCAGGUUGAGAGGUUUCUGUUCGACACCAAGUGCCAGGACUACCAGGGCGGAGCGCUCGUGGGGGACCUGUGUGAAGACCUGUGUGUGACCGGCCGGCUGGUGUACCGGCACUGCCUAUACUACGAGCGGGGCAAGAAGGUGCUGCAGGCCGACUGGCGGGGCCGGCCGGUCAUCCUCAAGUCCAAGGAGGAGGCCUUCUCCAGCUUCCAGCCCCCAGGCUUGCUGGAGGCAGUGGCCAACGAGGCCCAGGACCUGCCCGAGGCUGAGCUGCUGCUGCUGGUGGCCAGCGAGGUCAAGAGUGCCCUGGGCCUGCAGCUGGCCAACGGCAGCCUGGGGCGGCAGUGGCCAAGCCGGGGCCCCGGCUGGCGUGGGCAGGUGGCCAGCCUGUGGGCGCUGCUGCAGCAGGAGGAAUUCCUCCACCUGAGCCUGCUGCAGGGCCUGAGCCGCCACGUACCCCCUGUGCUGGGCUCCUGUGGCCACUUCUACGCCGUGGAGCUGCUGGCCGCCGGGAGCCCAAGCCUGGGCGCGCUCUUCCCGCUAGGCCCUGAUGUUGGGGCUCGAGGGGGCCAGGCCGCCGCCGCCGUGGGCAGCAUGGCGCUCAGCUUCCUGGACAUGGUGCGGCACUUUGAGCAGGACUUUGCCCACCGCCUGCACCUCUGUGAUGUCAAGCCCGAGAACUUCGCCAUCCGGAGUGACCUCACGGUGGUGGCCAUCGAUGUGGACAUGGCGUUUUUCGAACCCAAGAUGAGGGAAAUUCUUGAGCAGAACUGCACGGUGGACGAAGACUGCAAUUUCUUUGACUGUUUCUCCAAGUGUGAUCUGCGAGCACACAGGUGUGGGGCCCAGCGCGUGAACAGCAACCUACAGGUCAUCUGCGACAAGAUCUUCCGCCACUGGUUCUCCUCGCCUCGGGAAGACUCGGGGGUCUCCUUCCAGCUCCAGCAGAAGUUACAGGAGGUGGUGCAGGAGUGUGCGGCCCCUGGAGCCCCGGAGGCCCCCCGGAGAGCAGCCCGAGGCAUCUUUUGGAAGCUCCAGGGCCUGCUGCAGGCCGCGCAGCGGGAACUGCAGGUGGCCAAGCCGUAGCUGGGUCCCAGGCUCUGGUCACUCACUGCCCAGAGGUGGCCUUGGACUGACUUUGGCAUUUGCUCUAACAAGGAGACUCCUGUUGGUCUCGCUGUGGGGAACUGCUCAGCUCUCCAGGCCCGCCCUGCCUGGUAGGAUGGCCUCUGGGAAAGACCUCUGUCCCCUGCUUUUAACCAAAGGAGUGAGGGGCACCCGGUGGGUCCCCUUUGCAGGGUUCGUAUCAGAACCAGCCCUGACCCUGAAGUGCAGUUAUUCUUGCCCUGGGCUGACACAUUUCUGUACAUCAUCCCCACAUCUUCCCGUGUGCAUGUGAGGGAGUGUGAGAGUGAGUGUGUGUGCAUGCAGGGUAUGUGUGGGUGUAAGUGUGCACAAAGGUGAUUGGGAGACCGUGGGCAUGAGUGAGUGUGCACGUGCAUGUGUUUACAAGGGUUUGUGGGUGUGGGUGGGUGUCACGUGUGUGCAUCUAAGUGGCUGAGCGUGCCCGUGUGAGUGGGUGCUUGCGUGCGUGAGCGUGACAGUAUGCGUGUGCAUCUGGAUGUGUGUGAGUGCUGUGGCAAGUGAGUGUAUGGGCAUGAGUGAGUGUGCACAUGCAAGUGUGCACAGGUGUGUGGGUAAGGGUGUGUGAUGUGUGUGAGUGUGUGCGUGUGAAUGCUUGUGUGUGAGUGCACUCAUGCCUGUGCGUGAGCAUGACUGAGCGUCCGUGGAUGUGAGUGUGAGGGCAACAGGUGUGUGUGACAGGUGAGUUGGAUGCGGACGGUGGUGUCUCCAGCACACCCUCUGGGACCUUGCUCACCGCCCACAAAGAAAAGAAGGAACGUUUUCUUUCUUUUGGAAGUUGAUACAAUAAAAGUGAAAAGUCACAUACA